UAAAUUUAUUUGUGAAAGCCGUCGUUUCACUUAAAAAAAAACCCGUUCUUCAUCUUCGCAAACAUUUCAACAAUGGCAGCUGCGGCGAGGCCUCUGGUUUCGAUCCAGAACCUGGAAGGAGAUAUGGCUACUGACGGUAGCACCGUUCCAUUACCAGAUGUGUUGAAGGCUGCAAUCAGGCCUGAUAUCGUCAAGUUUGUCCACGCAAACAUGUCAAAGAACAGUAGACAACCCUACGCUGUUAGCAGGAAAGCUGGUCAUCAGACUUCUGCUCAAUCAUGGGGGACCGGUCGUGCUGUUUCUCGUAUUCCUAGGGUUCCUGGUGGUGGAACUCAUCGUGCUGGUCAGGGAGCGUUCGGUAACAUGUGUAGAGGUGGUAGGAUGUUUGCACCAACACGAAUCUGGAGAAGGUGGCACCGUAAGAUCAAUGUUAACCAAAAGAGGUAUGCGAUUGUUUCUGCAUUAGCUGCUUCUGCUGUUCCUUCCAUUGUUCUUGCUCGUGGUCACACUAUUGAAGGUGUACCUGAACUUCCUCUUGUUGUCAAUGACUCAAUCGAAGGUGUUGAGAAAACUAGUGCUGCUAUUAAGGUUUUGAAACAACUUGGUGCUUACGCUGAUGCUGAAAAAGUUAAGGACAGUGAGAAAAUCAGACCCGGUAAAGGUAAAAUGAGGAACAGACGUUAUGUUUCUAAGAAAGGUCCAUUGGUUGUAUACGGAACCACCGAAGGAUCUAAGAUCGCAAAAGCAUUUAGAAACAUUCCUGGUGUUGAAAUUGCUAAUGUUGAGAGACUUAACUUGUUGAAACUUGCUCCUGGAGGUCAUCUUGGUAGGUUUAUCAUUUGGACUAAGUCUGCAUUUGAGAAAUUGGAUCCGAUUUACGGUUCAUUCGAGAAAUCCAGUGAGAAGAAGAAAGGAUACGUGUUACCUAGAUCCAAAAUGGUUAAUGCUGAUCUUGCUAGGAUUAUCAACUCUGAUGAGGUUCAGUCAGUUGUUAGACCUAUUAAGAAGGAUUCUAAGAGAGCACCGAUGAAGAAGAAUCCUUUGAAGAAUUUGAACGUUCUAUUGAAAUUGAAUCCUUAUGCUAAGACUGCUAGGAGGAUGUCUCUUCUUGCUGAAGCUCAACGUGUUAAGGCUAAGAAGGAGAAGCUUGAGAAGAAGAGGACCAACAUUUCAAAGGAGGAGUCUGCUGCAAUCAGGGCUGCAGGAAAAGCUUGGUACCAAACUAUGAUAUCUGACAGUGAUUACACCGAAUUUGAUGUCUUCCAGAAGUGGCUUGGAGUGUCCCAGUGAUUACGCUAGCAGUUUUGUAGUUUCUUCUUUUGCUGGAUUUUCUUGAAUACCUGUAUUUCCUUUUGAACUAGAUAUCUAGUGAAUUUGGUUCAAUUUUCUGUUUCAAGGCAAAGAGACGGGAAGAUGAAUUUUGAUCUUUAGAAACAUAUUAUGGUAGCUGUCUUAUUAAGUUUUAGAGUGCCAGUACUUUUUACUGCUUAUAAUCCUAGUUUGACUUCAUUUUGUGCC